AUGUCAAUUCCAUUAGUUUCUUUAAAUUCAAUCGUUUUAUUGAAUGUAUCAGAUGUUUUAUCAAGAAAUCUGCAAUCAAAUAUUGGUAUAUUAUUAGGUAGAUUCGAUGUUGACAAGUUUAUAAUACGUAAUUCAUUUGAGUUACUAUUAAAUGAUAAUCAAUCAAUUGACUUUGAUUACUUAACAAAAAAGUUAAAACAGUAUUCACAAACAUAUCCUGAUGAUUACAUAGUUGGACUUUAUCAAAUAGAUAUAGGGAAAAAUUACAUAGAUGAUUUAUUACAAUGGUUACUAAAUUUUCAAAUACAAGAUAAUAAAGAACUAAUAACUGUUGUUUUCGACAAAUCCUUAAAAGGCAUCGAAGCAUAUUAUCAAAAUAGAUUAAUAAAAUCAAUAAUUGAAACUAGCGAAACAGAAUCUAUAACUACUUUAACCAUCGAUAAACAUAAAAACUAUGCAACAAAGAAUAAAAAACAAGAAUCAAUAUCAAUUACUCAACAUAAUGAAACUUUGUCAAUUACAUUAAAUAAAUUAUACGAAAGAAUAACUAAAAUCUUGGAAUAUUUUGAAAAUAACCAAGAUUUAGAUUUUAAUACUCGAAUUGAAUUAGAUAAAUUAUUAGUUAAAUUGGUUAAUAAUUUUCAAUUUAAACAACCAAUUAAUAAUGAGUCGAAACUAUUAAAAUUACAAUUAACUCAACUAAGCUUAAUAACUGAACAAUUGUUAGUUUCAGAAAGAGUCAAAUUACAAAUUUCAAAGAGUAUAACCUCUGGUGAUUUACCAAAUAAUUAA